AAGCCUCCGGCUCGCCCACUCUGCCCUCCCUCCCCCUUCCCGAAUCACGCCCGCGGCCAUUGCACAACAUCUCCCGUACCAAGAAGGCGAUCAAGUCGGCGACUGGAUGCUGGUGCGCAAGGUUGGCCAGGGAUCCUUCUCGGAAGUGUUUGAGGUCGAGCUGCAGAGCCUGAGCCACCCAACUCACCCCGCCCGUGCUGCCCUGAAGGCUAUCCAGAAAAAGUCACAUCCAGACAUUUCGCAAGAAUCCCUCGAGCGCUCGGUUUUGCACGAAGUUGACCUCUGGAAGGACCUGAUCCACCCCAACAUCAACCGCAUGAUUGAGUUCAUCGAGACGGCCGACGCCAUCUUUGUUGUCUCCGAGUUUUGUGACAGCGGCAACCUCUUCCAAAUGAUCCAGACACACGGCGCCCUGGCCGAGUUCAAAGCCAUCAGCAUCGUCCGCCAGGUGGCCGAAGCCGUGCGCUAUCUUCAUCUGGACCACCGCAUCGCCCACCGCGACAUCAAGCUCGAGAACAUCCUUGUGGACGAUGUCAGCAACACCGUCAAGCUCUGCGACUUUGGCCUUUCCGAGCGCUUUGCCAUCAGCCCGGCGUGCUCCUUCUCGGCCAUGUCCGACUUUUCGGCCGACAAUGGCGACGUUGCCGGCAUUGCUGGCUCGAUCCACUACUGUGCCCCCGAGGAGCUGCAGGAGGGCGCCACCUCGCCUGUCACCGGCACCGGAUGCCACGUCAGCGCCGCCGCGAGCGAUAUCUGGUCGCUCGGCUGCGUGCUCUUUGCAACCGUGACGGGAACCCUCCCCUUCAACGACGACUAUUUGCCGCGGCUGCAGUUCAGCAUCAUCAACGGCCGCUACGACAAGUCCCGCUUUGUCGAUUGCUCCGUCUCGGAGCUCUGCCAGAGCCUGAUCGAGGGAAUGCUGCAGACCAAGAUCGAGAACCGGCUCACGAUCGAGCAGGUCCUGGACCAUCCCUGGCUCAAGCUCGACCAGAGCCAGUAAGCCGCCACUGCAGGGCUCCUCUUGGUCCACAACCACUCUGUCCAGCGAUCAGGCUGGUGCCAUUUUUUUGCCCUCGAGCGGCACCCACCGCACCCAGCUCCGUCUCCAUUUCGCACUGCAGUGCUGUUUGAGCCUCCCUCCACCAUACCUCUUGUCCACAUCGCAUCGCCCACUGCACGCCGUUUUGCUGCUGCA